AUGUCCACUUCACUUAUUCUAGUUACUACCAUUCUGGUAUCGCUAUCUUUUCUCAUCAUCAAACACAGACAACAACCCAACAAAGGCCCCCUGCCACCUGGGCCCAAAGGUCUACCACUCUUUGGCAACAUACGUGAUCUCCCACCACCCGGGACGCUAGAAUGGCCUCACUGGCAAAGACACAAAGAGAAAUACGGGCCGAUUACUUCAGUUUCUGUGCUUGGACAACAUUUUGUCAUUUUGCAUGACAGGCAAGUCAUCAUGGAUCAUUUGGAGACGAGAGCGCUGAAGAGUGCUUCACGCCCCAAGCUGGUCUUUGCUGGAGAUAUCGUUGGGUAUGAUGGUGUUAUGGGUAUGAUGCCGUACAACCGAACCUUUCGGAUGCAUCGCAAACUCACAGCUACCCAAGUCAGCGCCAAGUCCAUUACCCGAUUCGAGACUAUUCAAGAGCUAGAGAUUCUCCGAUUAUUGAAGAGAAUCAACCAAGACCCCAACUAUCAGAAUCUUCCCGACCAUUUGAACCAGGUAUCCGGCUCGAUCAUGCUCCGCAUCCUCUACAACUACGAAACAGACCCCAAGAGUAACGAUGACAUCGUCGCCAUGGCCAAUCUCGUGAUGGAAGAGUUCUCUGAAGCUACCACUCCAGGUGCAUGGAUGGUAGAUUUCAUCCCUUGGCUUCGAUACCUUCCGGAAUGGAUGCCGGGCGCUGGGUUCAAGAGGACUUCCAAACUCUUCCGACAGCACCUCUUACAAAACGUUCAAGACCCAUACAAAUACGUCAAAGGGCAAAUGGCCAGUGGUGAAGAUGGUGUUUCAUACGUCGCUGGUCUUAUAAAAGACAUUCACCGCAAGAUUGAUCCAGAGGAGGAAAGUAUCAUCGCAUGGACUGCAGCUUCAAUGAUGAAUGCAGGAACCGACACUACCGGCGCAACACUUCUCGCCUUCUUCGCAGCCAUGGUUCUCAACCCCUACGCCCAAAAGAGAGCUCAAGAAGAAAUAGACCGCGUCAUCGGAGACUCGCGUCUCCCCUCAUUCUCCGACAAGGCAAACCUUCCUUACAUCAACGCCAUAGCCCAAGAAGUCCUCCGCUGGCACACCCUCGCCCCAAUGGGCUUUCCACACAUGACGACAGAAGACGACACGUACCGCGGCUACUUCAUCCCCAAGAACACUCUUCUCUUCCCAGCAGUAGCAUCUCUGACGCACGAUCCUGAAGUCUACCAUGAUCCAAUGGAGUUCAAGCCAGAACGGUUCUUUGAGCCGUAUAACGAGCCGUCCCCGUUGGACCUUGUCUUUGGUUUUGGGAGAAGAGCGUGUCCAGGACGGUGGAUCGCUGAGCAGACCCUGUUCUUGAGUAUUGCACAGACAUUGGCGGUUUUUGAGAUUAAGAAAGCGUUGGAUGAUGAGGGGCAAGAGAUUCAGGUUGUUUAUGAGCAGUUGCCGGGUGUUAUAGCCCGUGUGAAGCCUUUUCCGCAUAGGAUUGUACUUAGGAGUGAGAAGUACAGGAAAUUCAUAGAGUAGAUAGAUUGAUAUGUAGUUGAGUUUCAUUGCAAACC